GAGGUGGUGUGGUUGGAGGUGGUUUUGGCUGGAGAUAGUGUGGUUGGAGGUGGUGUGGUUGGAGGUGGUGUGGUUGGGGGUGGUGUGGGUGGAGGUGGUGUGGGUGGAGGUAGUGUGGUUGGAGGUGGUGUUGACGAAGGUUGCUAGGAUAGAGCUAUUUGUUCAAAUGGAAGGUCUUGAAAAAGAAAGAGGAUCAAGAAAUCUUUGUGAUAAAGCAGAGGAAGAAUCCUUAAAAUACAAGAAGGAAGAAAUAUCUCGACCUGACACACCUGCUAGUGAUGCCAGUGAUGAUUCAUUUCACUCUCUUGAAGAUGAAGACAGAGGAGUACAAAAUCACCAGCUAGAACCCAGUACAUCAGAAGAGAUUGAUGGAUCAUCUGAAGAAUGUGAUUCAUCAAACAUCCUAGUAAUUGAACCAGAUGGGAAAGAUGGAACAGAAAGUCAUGAAUAUCUGCCUGCCAUUGAUAAGAUGUCAGAAAGUUCUUGGGGGAAACAGGAAGAACAAGAGCAUGUGGAUGAUGAUGAGGAAGAAGAUUUUGUAGAUGAAGAAUACCUGAAAGACCUUGAGCUUAAUAUGAGCGAUGAGGAAAAACAGGCUAAGAAAGAAGAGAGUCAAAAUCACAAAGAAAAUGGUAACAUCAGCUUCAAGGCAGGCCUGUUUCAGGAAGCUGUGAUUUCUUACACUGCAGGACUCAGGAUAUGCCCUUUAUCAUACCCAAAAGAUCGUGCUAUACUUUACUCUAACAGGGCAGCAGCAAAUGCCAAAUUGGAUAAAAAAAAGAAGGCAAUUAGUGACUGCAGUAAAGCAAUAGAUCUGGAUGGUGUUUAUACAAAAGCUAUACUGAGACGUGCAAAUCUCAAUGAAGAAACUGAAAAUUUAGACGAGGCAUUAAAAGACUUCCAGCGUGUGUUAGAAUUAGACCCAGCAAGUAAAGAAUCACAUGAGGCCGUUAGAAGGUUACCAGACAUGAUCAACGAGAGGAAUGAAAAGCUAAAGGAAGAAAUGAUAGGUAAACUGAAGGACUUGGGAAAUAUGUUUCUUCGGCCCUUCGGACUGUCAACAAGAAACUUUGAACUCAAGCAAGAUCCAGGCUCUGGAGGCUACAACAUAAGCUUCAAACAGAAUCCUAAUAGCUAGUAAUUAUUUCCUUAUUAUUGAUGAAUUAGUUUGCAUAUUUACAACCAUAUUUGUGUGGCUAUAUAUUUUGUUAAUACAGUCUUGAUUAUGUUUUCUCUGUAUGUAAUGAAGUAGUAUGCUGUAUUUACUUCAUAAAUUUUAUUUUCACAUCAUGUUGCAGUAUGAUAAUGUGUAGAUUUUACACAGUACUUGUAAGGGAUCAUGGGUGUCAGUCUGUGGCCUUCCCACAUACCAGCAGUAAACUCAAGCUUAACAGCAGUACUAGGUUUAAGGUAUGGUAUCAAGAUCUCAUGUUUCAAGAUUCAGUAUUUGAAUGGUCUCAAGAACUCUACAUUUUAUACAAAGAAACUCAGUACUGUAUUCAAGAAGAAUGCGAAGAUAUUUGUUAUAAUCACCUGGAGUAAAUUACAGUAUUUUCAAUAAUUUUUUCAACACUUUUGUUAUCUAUGUAGUUAAUUCCAUUCACAAAUAUAAUUUCAUUAAGUUUUCCUAGACUUUGAGGAUUUAUACUGUGUAAUGUGAUUUCACUUGUGCUCACGAAAUUCUUUACCAUCACUAGUGUAUAGUCGCUGAAUAUUGUCUUCACUAAUUCUUACACCUAUGUACUGCCAUACAAAGAAAUGAGGGACUGGUUUUUGAAAAGUGAAGGGACUGAUUCCUAGUUCACAUCUCAAACUACCAGAGCUACUUUGAAUAAUGACCAAAUCAUGGCAGGUUUAGAUUGUGAUCAGCAAGGCCAGCUGCUUUAAUUUCAAUGUUUGUAAUUGUUUUUUAAACUUUAUUUGUAGUAGUACUAGUUUGGCUUUUACGUGUGUACUUUAUAUAAAUAUAUAUCACGUGAAUCUUAUGAUUAAGAUAUAUGAACCAGGCAAUUUGGAAAUAAUUAGAACAGUUUUCUGAGAGCAAUGCUUUACUGUCAGUUAUUUUAUGUUGGCUUGUAUCACAGAAAAUCUAUCCAGUUUCUUCUUGAACCAUCACAGAAAAUGGGUCCAGCUUCUACAGUGCCUCAAGUAAUUUUAACUACUGUGUAUUAUACAUAACUAGUACAGUGUAUUACCCUCAUAACAUCUCCCCCUCCCAUAAACCAAGAGUCUUGGGCAAGAAUAAUCCCUAAUUUUUAUUAUUCAAAAGAUUUUCUGUGAUUUACCUAAAAUUAAAAGCUAAUGUAUACCUAUGGGUAUACACAAGAAUGCUGAGAAGUAUUUACAACACCCUCAAUAAAGUUGUGCACAUCA